CUCUCUCUCUCUCUCUCUCUCUCUCUCUCUCUGUUUUGAUGCUCUCCUUCUUCCUUUGAAAUCUGAACCCUUAGAUCUCUCUCCAAAUCAAGGGCCCAUAUUCACUGAAAUCUCCAUUCCAAUUCUUGAUAAGAUUCUAGCGUAUCGGGUAUUGGCUGUCCUCUUCUAAAAUGGAGGGACAAAAGCAACCUCAUCCAAAUUUCUCAGCAAUGGGAGUCGGUCAGAACGUAGAAGGUCUGCCAUCUCAGUUAUGGAUCAAGUUCCAAAAGCAAUCCGUCUUCGCCGAGUUUACACCGUUCAUCGUGUCUUUGGCUUCUGGCAGAUUGGAAUUGGAGACGUUCUGUAAAUACAUCGCACAGGAUGUCUAUUUCCUUAGGGCUUUUGUGCAAGCUUAUGAUAUGGCGGAGGAUUGUGCAGACGAUGACGAUGCAAAGGCGGGUAUAUGCUAUUUGAGGAAUUGGGCUUUGGAGGAGAUGAAAAUGUAUGAUUUGUCAAUGAAAGAAUGGGGUGUGGACCUUGCAAAAGAGAGCUCUCCGAAUCCUGUGACUCUUAAAUACACAGAUUUCCUGGUAGCGACCGCUUCAGGAAAGUUCGAAGGAGUAAAAGACCCUGCCAAAAUUGCAACUCCUUUUGAGAAGAUAAAACUUGCUGCUUAUACAUUAGGCGCGAUGACUCCUUGCAUGAGGCUGUAUGCUUUUUUAGGAAAGAAGCUUCAGUCAUGUCUGGAUCCUGCAGAAACCAGUCACCCCUAUAAGAAGUGGAUUGACGGUUAUGCCUCUGAAAGUUUUGAGGCAGUGGCUGUGCAAACUGAGGAAAUGCUUGACAAACUAAGUAUCUCGUUGACGGGGGAGGAGCUCAAAGUCGUAGAAAGGCUUUAUCAUCAAGCUUUGAAUCUUCUGAUAGAAUUUUUGUCUGCUCAACCAAUUGUUCAUCGAACUGUAGUCCCUUUCGCAAGAAUGCAGGAGCCAGCAGAGCGCCAUCUCGUUAUAUUUUCUGAUUUUGAUUUGACAUGUACUCGUUUUGAUUCCUCUGCCAUCUUAGCAGAGAUUUCGAUAUUAAUUGCACCCAAAGCUAAUCCUAGUGGACCUGAAAAUCCAAUUGUUCCUGAAAAUCCAAUUGUUCCUGAAAAUCCAAUUGCUCCUGAAAAUCCAAUCGUUCCUGAAAAUCCAAUUGCUCGAAAGUCAUCAGCCGAUCUAAGGAACUCGUGGGAUGUUAUUUCCAGGCAAUAUACUGAGGAACAUGAACAGUGCAUAGAGAGCAUUAUGCCCAGUGAAAUAGUGGAAACAUUUAACCAUAAAGGUCUAUGUAAAGCACUUGAGCGGUUUUCUGACUUUGAAAAACAAGCAAAUGCUCGAGUCAUUGAGUCUGGAGUGUUGAAGGGCUUAGAUUUAGAGGGCAUAAAACGGGCAGGGGAACGCCUACUACUCCAAGAUGGUUGUGUGGGUUUUUUCCAGCAGCUUGUAAAGAAGAAGGAAGAGCUUAAUGCAGAUAUCCAUAUACUUUCAUAUUGUUGGUGUGGAGAUCUCAUUAGGUCAGCUUUUUCAUCAGGUGGUUUAAAUGUUUUGAAUGUACACUCGAAUGAAUUUGCUUAUGAAGAAUCUGUUUCCACGGGGGAAAUCUUGCAGAUGGUGGGGUCUCCCAUGGACAAGCUUCAGAAUUUCAAAGAAAUCUUGAAAAACUGUAAUGAAGACUGCAAGAAUUUAUCAGUUUAUGUUGGCAGAUCGGUGGGUGACUUGCUUUGCCUGCUUGAGGCGGACGUGGGCAUUGUCUUCGGAUCAAACCCAACCCUAAGGAGAGUGGGUAGUCAGUUUCACAUCUCCUUUGUUCCCUUGUUCCCUGCUUUGGUCAAGAAACAAAAGGAAUUCGUUGAAGGGGACCUGCCUAUUUGGAAGGGAUUGACUGGCACUCUUUAUACGGUCUCUAGUUGGGAAGAAAUUCACGCCUUUAUUUUGGGGCUAUACAAUCAUCUUUGAUGAGUUUUUUUUUUUUUUUUUUUUUUCCGUUCUCAUCCAUUUUUGCUUAGAAGUUAGAAUGAAGGCAGGCAUUAUCCAUGAGACGUUCUUCUUGAUGGUGGUGAAUUUUAUGAAGUGCCACCCAUCAGCUUUCUUCUUUUCUUCAGCAUGGACUGCCAUGCAGAUGCAGAUGCCAGGAUUCACACAUUGAGGACUUAGCGAGUGAUCAAAGAGGUGGGAGUAAGAUGUAAGAAGCUGUUUGUCUAAACAGAUUUGGGUGCUAGCAUUCAUUGAAAAAAAAAGAGGAGAUUUUGAUGCAAGUGAAAUUCUUUUACUGGGGUUUGGAGUUUGGAAGAUGCAUGCGCCUCUCUAGUUACAUGGGGUGUAUUAACGAUGCUCAUCCAGUAUCAUGAACUUAUAUUGGGGUGAGUUUCAUGUAAAGCUUCCAACUCUGCCCAUUUUUAUUUUUUUUUUAAAUUUUUUCGAUCGGUUCUCCAUUGGACGAAUGGCUGUAAUCUGUGGUAAUCUGAAGAAGGCUACUUUUGUUUGAAAAGCUUUUUAUUUUUGUUGC